UAUCGAGGAACGACCAGCUUUGUGGGUGUUGGUGCGUUAGCAUAAGCCCGUUUUCUUGCACAGCCCAAAGUCCUUUUCUCGAUGUCAAAUGGGAGGAGCUGAGAUCCCAGCUGCCGGCAAUGGCAGGGCUGUAGCUCACAGCACCACCUGUCGUCUCUAGGAGAGGAUCGGAGCCUUAAACUAGCAAAAUACUGCUUGUUAGUUCCAAACCCCAUUAACAUAAGCGCCUGUCCCAAAGGAAACAUGGAGCCAGAAGCUUUGGAUCAAGGUCUGUUCAGGGAGAGCGAACAGCGUCGACAUUAUCCUCCGACAUCUAGUCCAGCUUCCUGCAGUUCUCCAAAAUAUCCUCAAACCCGGCUGAAUAAAACUCUGGACACAGACAGUGGGAUUCUGAGUUUCUGCAGUAGUAGAUCAAGUUCUGAAAUAUACAACAUGGGCAAAGAGAUAUUUCCCAUUGCAUCAGGUGAGAAUAUCUGUGCAACAAAUCGAUAUGGAAGACGAUCUGGGAGGAAUCUGCAGUUAAAUUUAUUGGAAUCUGAAAGCAGAAGAUGUGCCCUUACCAACAGCCUUAAAACAGCUUGCUAUGCCUUAAAAGAACAGCAUGAACGAAUGAGCAAGAAGAAUAUGGAAUUGGUCAAUCAUAGUGCUAUAAUUGACAAGAUGAUCUUAAAGCAAAAGCUACUAGAAACUAAGAUGAACCUGCUUCACAAGGAGGAGGUGACACUUCAGGGAGUCAAAAUGGAUGAUGCUGAAAGAGAGAGAGAAUUCCAGGAUAGGAUCUGGUGCUUGGAAGAGGAAAUUGAAAAUGUAAAUCAUAGACUGGAACAAAUGGCUCUGAAGAGAAGAAAUCCUUUGUUUACAGCUUCCAGGUACCUGGAGGAUGAAAGCAAUGAGGCUGAAGAACAGCCACAAAACUAUUGGCGCACCCGACAUGACUCACUGGAGCGUUAUCAAGAGAUAGACUGGAAUGUCAAGGAAGAGGGUGGAGGAGGUGAUCUGGACAAUGUAAUCAAUGAAGAUCCCCUCCAAGAGUUGGCACCUUGCCUAGUCAGCGAUGAAACAGGAAAAGCCUCAAUAGAGACACAGAUAUCAGACCUCCAUUCGGAACUAUUCCAAACCAAAUGUGAGAGCUAUGGACUGAAAAAGCAAUGCCUCGAGUCCGAAUCACAGCUAACUGCCAACAGAAAGAUAAAUGAAAGCCUUUUAUUGGAAAUAACCAGCCUGAAACAAAGCUUGCAGGCUUCGGAACAGAAAAUCCUGAGUCUGCAGAGCGAAAAGACAAUUUUAGCCUCUCGUAUGAAGACCCUAGAAUGUGAAUGGCAGCAGAUAUUCAGUCAAAAAGAACUUUUGCUGAAAACAUUGAAAAGCUUGAAAUAUCGCAAACACGAUGGUUCUUUGUUACAAAUUAAUCCUGAUAACAGGAUACCAUCAAAAAACCUUCAGGAAUGUCCUUCGAAACUAUGUGCGCAGUGUAACUAUCUCCCAAAGGGGCUAGCGUCAGCCAAGGAGGAUGAGCUGGUUGUUUACCAGGAGCAAGUGGAACGUGGUAGGGGUUACUUGACUGCCGACAGCAACUCUGUGAAGGCCACAGGAAUAGAGCUACACAGGACAGACGUAGAAGACAACGAGCAAUCAAAGACAGUCAUCCCAAAGAUCAAUCAAGAUACACAAGAAAAUGCAAGAAUGUGGAAAGAGUCAAGGGAUUCAACUGAAGGAUUACAACAGCAAAGUGCAGACCUGAGCAAAACCCAGAACCUCAUAAACCUGCAAUUUGAAAAAUUAAUGGAGAAAAUAGAAGGUUUUGUGAAGUUAAAUCUAAACCUGGAGAAUGAGAGAAACCAGGCAGUCUGCAGCCUGAAAAUGCAGUCUACUGAAGUAAAGAACCUUGAGGUAUCAAGUGAAUGCAACAGAAAAUUACUUCUACAUCUUCUGAGCAAGAACAUUCAUCUCAGGCAUGACAACCAGUUAAAGGUCAACCAGCUCACAGUCCUCAUCAUUGAACUGCACCACCUGAAGAGGGCUUAUCAGGCACUCUCCCAAAGUGUGGACUGUCCUGAAGGCAGUUUAUCAGCUGAUUGGAUAAACAGGCUACAAUUAAUUAAGAAUGCUGUUGAAAAGAUUAAAACCCAUCAGGUGAAGCUAAAGCUUUUGAAAGAGGAAAACGAACAAUUAGUUCAAAAGUCAAGAUGUGAAUCAUUGCAAAAUAUGGAAGAUAAAGUAUUUGCGUUGAAGGAGGACAUUCAAGCAAAAACACAAAAGUUGGCAGCUUUGGGUGCACAGACAAGACUGCAGCAGGACCAACACAAAAUCCUUUUGACAGAUAAAGCAGCCUUGGGCAUGCAUCCGAAAGCAAUGGGUGGACUCCAAGGUUGUGAGAAAAUGGGCAACGUUACAAGAAGAAUGGGGGCAAGCACUGCAGAAGCUGAAGUGAAACCUGAAAAAGCCUUACACAGUGGAGAAAAUGACUAUCAGAGAUGUUGAGUAAACUUUCCUUCAGAUGCAACCUCUGCCAAUAUUAUACUUUAAUUACUAUGUCGUAGAAUUAUGCAGGGUCAAUACAUUUCUCUAACUCAACAUUAUAUUGUAACACUAAGGAAUGGGUUAGUACACUGCCAUUUCUCUUUUGAGACUUGGGUUUAAAUCCAGACUGAUGAAACUAAAGUUUCCACACUCUGUUAAGGACUUGCAUGAAAUCAAUUUAAGUAGUCUUAAUUUAAGCUCUAGCAUAGCACGAAACCAAAGGAACUCAGGAACUCUGCUCACAUUGAGUAAUCAUAGUCAGACAAGAAUGUAGACAUGUGACAGUGGGGCAAGUAGGUGCACUUUUUUAAAGUAGGGUUUAGGACCUAUUGUUCAGGAAAAGCUGAGGGGAGCUUACCCAGCAUUUGCUCUGAAUUAUAACUGACCUGGAAAUAUUUCAUGCUAACUACAUUUAUCUUGAUCAUGAGUAAUCUCACCAAAACAGAUUCAUCAGUGCUGGAUCAUGACCCCAACACCAAUCAUCAAGCCUUCGUUUCUGAGACUGGCUAGGAUCUGGAGUAUGUUGUCUGUGAGUGAGGUGGAGGAAGGUUCAAUCGACCAUUCAAGAGGGAAAUGGAUUAUUUUCUGAAAAGGAAGAAUGUGCAGGGUCACAGGGAGAAGAUGAAGGAAUGGCACUAUGUGAAUUGCAUGUUCAGCGAGCUGGCACAGACACAAUGGGCUGAAUGGCCUCCUUUGCUGUACUGGGUACUAUCCAACUGUACAUAGGACCUGUCACAAGACAGAACAAUCUCAAGCCUGACAUAUGAGACAAAUGAACUACUUACUGGGGAAUAGUAGCUGAGGUGGUUUCCCAUUGUGUUCCUCAAAGUUUUUAUAAUCAGAGUACUUUCAGGCUUUAUAGAUAUGGACAUACAAGUGAAAAGAAGUAAUACAUUUAUGCAAGGCACUCCAAGUUACAGUUGGAAUACUAUGCACAGAUUAUAUGUGAAACUUCAUAGAGAAUCACCAACAUGAUAACAAACUAUAAUUAUGAAGAGUGUUAUGAUAUAGCAGGUGGUAAUUGUCGGGCUGACCAAAUCCCAAA